GGGAACCUUCGACCCUUCGACUCUCGACAACCACCACCAGCCGUCCGGCACAUAUCCAUCAGUCGUACGCCGUCCACUCGAUCAUAAUCCGACAAGAUGGGUAAGGGAAAGCCUAGGGGAUUAAACGCCGCCCGCAAGCUCGCGACCACUCGUCGUGAGAACCGCUGGGCCGAUCUGCACUACAAGAAGCGUCUCCUCGGUACCGCUUACAAGUCUUCUCCUUUCGGUGGUGCUUCUCAUGCCAAGGGUAUCGUCCUUGAGAAGGUCGGUGUUGAGGCCAAGCAGCCCAACUCCGCUAUCCGAAAGUGUGUCAAGGUCCAACUCAUCAAGAACGGCAAGAAGGUCACUGCUUUCGUCCCCAAUGACGGUUGCUUGAACUUCAUCGAUGAGAACGACGAAGUCCUCCUCGCCGGUUUCGGUCGUAAGGGCAAGGCCAAGGGUGAUAUUCCCGGUGUUCGUUUCAAGGUCGUCAAGGUCUCUGGUGUCGGUCUGAUGGCUCUGUGGAAGGAGAAGAAGGAGAAGCCCCGUUCGUAAACGACACCGUGGCGAGAGGCGACGAACGUUGGUUCAAGAUUGAUAUCCGAGAAGUCGACGGGGCCCGUUUCCAUUGAACAUCGGGCGGUAUGGUCUAUGGAUCUGGAAUUUAUGGUUCAGGAUGGAUGACCUGCAAAAACCGUAGCAGAUACUACGAUUGAUAUACUCAAAAGACGGCGCCAUGAUUUUUUAUUUCUCUCUGGGAAGGGCCCUAAAAUCAAGAAAUUUCUC